GAUAGCACUUGUUCUAAAUUAAAACAUCUAUUUUCAUUCAGUCUAGAUUGUGUUUUAAACAUAAACGCAAUCGCACGUUGUCUUUGUAACCUCUGAGUUACCUCCCUUUACAUUUUCUUGAUACAUCUCAGGUUGUCUUCGAGGCAUUCCGUGGGGCAAAUAAAUACGGGGAUAUUGCAAUAGAUGACGUCAUAUUCUACCCAGGACCCUGCCCUCUCUCAAAUGAGUGUGAUUUUGAGGUUGGACUUUGCUCAUGGACCCAGGGAAGAAACGACGACUUUGAUUGGUCAAUAGGUAGCAAUGGUUCUCCCCCUACUGAUCACACGACUGGAACAGCUUCAGGUAUGUUCGCGUAUGUGAGCACGGCACCUCCACGCACUCAAGGCGAGUUCGCUCGCAUUGUCAGCCCCGUUUACCAGCCCACAUCCACGCAGUGCCUGAACUUCUGGUUUUAUCUCGAAGGCGACGAUGACGGGGGGACGCUGAACGUCUGGGUGCAUGAUCUCAUCAAUGAUGUGUACACGAAUAUAUGGACACAACACGGCCAUGGCCAUGGUAUAUGGCAUUUCGGGCGUGGCACCUUAUCAGCCUCUCAUCCUUAUGAGGUCAUCAUAGAGGGCGUCCUAGGAUCGAACCCAGUUGGUGACCUAGCCAUCGAUGACGUCAAGAUCUCAGGUGGACCAUGUCCCAGAGCUGGUUUCUGUGAUUUCGAGACCGACAAGUGUUCCUGGUCUAACGAAGCUAGCCUAGAUACAAGAGACUGGCUUAGAAACAACGGAGCUACACCCUCUAACUUUACUGGACCAAGUAUUGACCAUACCUAUGGAACAUCUUUUGGCAUGUAUAUGUACUUUGAGACGUCUGAUCUGGGAUCAGGUUCAGGAGACGGUGACUUUGCUUGGUUAGUCAGUGAGCAUUUCCAUGCUUCGUCGGGUUCUUGUGUAUACUUUUGGUAUCAUAUGUUCGGAACAGGUAUAGGUGAUCUGAACGUUUAUGUAUUAGAUUCUGCUGGCACUGCAACUCUGGUUUGGCAGAUGACAGGGGACAAAGGAGAUGUGUGGCUCAAAGGAGAAGCACAGGUCACCAGAAAUGACGAAUACCAGAUUGCGUUUGAAGCGGUAUCGACUGGAGCUGUGAAGGGCGAUAUAGCUAUAGAUGACGUAGAUAUAGAUCCAUACUCAUGUGGGGCUAGUCCUUCUACCAUCCCUGUAGUGUCAAUGGACUGUACUUUUGAGCUGGACACGUGCUCCUACACGCAGUUCUGCACUGACGACGAUUUUGAUUGGGUGAGAAACCAGCAAGCCACGCCUAGUUUAGAAACAGGCCCCACCUACGACCACACCACCGGAUCCGGCUGGUACAUGUACAUCGAAGCUUCCGGCUACGUCAUUCCUGGUGACCGCGCCCACCUUCUAGGCCCCGCCCAGAACCCGACGGGAGACACGCCCAGAUGUUUAGUGUUUUGGCUGCAUAUGUACGGACCGCACAUCAACCGGUUUAACGCCUACCUAAAGAGGGAGGGGCAACAGGAUGUGAGGAUCUUUACCAAAUAUGGCUCGCAGGGGAGUGUCUGGUUUAAGGCACAGAAGGAGAUUGCGUCAUCAGAAAACUGGAAUAUCAUGUUUGAAGGUGUUGUUGGUGAUAAUUUCUUAGGAGACAUAGCUCUUGACGACAUUACGUUGUAUGACGGAGCAUGCCCACAAGAAGUAACCUGUGAUUUUGAGCUGGACUUCUGUGGUUGGGCCCAGGACCAGACGGAUGAAUUUGAUUGGACCAGGGAUGCUGGAGGAACAGGAUCUAGUAACACAGGACCAAGUUACGACCAUUCAACUGGCACAACAGAAGGUUUCUAUGCCUUCACUGAGGUAUCCUCACCCAGAGUACAGGGUGACCGAGCAAUCCUCAUCAGUCCCACGUACCUUGAUACGCGUAGUGAAUGCUUCCGGUUCUGGUAUCAUCUCCUGGGCAAGGCCAUAGGUCAAUUGACCGUCUACAUUAAAGAUGAGAUCACGGGGUCAACGAGUGCUCCACUCUUUGAUAAGUCAGGUCCUCCGUCAGAUGCUUGGCGCUUUGCUCAAGUUGACAUCUCAUCUGCUCAUCGCUACCGGAUCAUCAUAGAGGGCGUCAGAGGGAGCGGUGUUCAGGGUGAUAUAGCUAUUGACGAUACUGAGGUCAUCCCUGGUGCCUGUCCAAAGCAAGGUUCCUGUGACUUUGAGACCGGGCUGUGUGGCUGGUCACAAGAGAUCCAGGAUGAUGACUGGGACUGGCUUAGGACCAGCGGGUCUACACCGAGUGGAGGAACAGGACCUAACCAGGACCAUACGACUGGCUCAGCUGCAGGCUAUUACGUAUACUUUGAGACAUCUCAUCCAUCCAUCCAGCCUGGUGAAAAUGCCAUCCUAAACAGCGAGCAUUUCGAUCCUACUGAUGAGGGCUGUCUCACUCUGUGGUAUCACAUGUUUGGCGCAGGUGUUGGGGAGCUGAACGUGUAUUCAGUGAACAACUCAGGGUCACAGGCCCAGCUUUGGUCCAAGAGCGGUGAUCAAGGAAAUAUCUGGCUAAGGGGGCUGGUUCCUCUCACGAGCGAUGAUGAAUUCAGGAUCCAAAUUGAAGCAGUUUUUUUGAUCGACUUCAAUGGUGACAUCGCCAUCGAUGAUCUCGAUAUUGAAAUGGUUCCUUGCUCACAACUCACAACUGCAGCACCGAUUCCUACCACCAAACCAACACCAGCUCCUGUCAUAUCUGUGUGCACGUUUGAGACGGACUUGUGUGAUUUCAGCCAGGAUGAUACAGAUGAUGAUUUCGAUUGGAUACGGGCCUCUGGGUCCACGCCCACUGCAGGGACUGGACCGCAAGUAGACCACACCCUAACUAACACAAACGGAUAUUACGUCUACGUGAAGGCUGAUGGCCAGCUCCUAGGUGAGCACGGGUCACUGUUGUCCGUUCCAAUGGCAACUGGCUCCAGCGGACUGUGUGUCACGUGGUGGUAUCACAUGUAUGGCCCGGAUGUGAAUCGGUUGGAGGUCUACGCCCAGAGGAGCGGCAGCGGUGAUGAGAUGGUGUGGAGGCGGGAUGGAGACCAAGGCAGUGAGUGGAUGAUGGCACAGAUCCACGUGACUGGUGACUUUACAGCAAAGUUUACAGGAGUGGUUGGGAACGGAGUAAGAGGAGACAUCGCUCUCGAUGACGUCACAUUCAGCAGUGGCCAAUGUCCACCGUCAAGAUCGUGUGAUUUCGAGCAUGGAGAGCUAUGUGGAUUCCAGCAGGAUGUGACAGAUGACGGAGACUGGACGCUGGCCACCGGUGCAUCGACCACCCUGGUCUACGGCCCCGACGUGGACAAUACAUACCAAAGUGCACAAGGACAUUUCCUGUACGUCGACAAUAUCCAGAAUACUCCAAGCGAUAAGGUCCGUCUAAUUUCUUCCGUAUUCCCUUCAACGUAUCAACGCUGCGUCCGAUUUUGGUUCUACCAUGCUGGCACUGUCACAUCAGAUUUACGGGUCUCUCUCAACGUUGGUGGCGUCCCAGUACAGUAUCUGGUGGACGGUGGUGUGCCUUUGAUGGGCAACCUGUGGACAGUCGUUGAGGCAUCGUUCUCAAGCGCGCUUGACUAUACGAUCGUCUUUGAAGCCACUGUGAGCCAAGAUGGUAUCCUAGCCCUCGAUGACCUUGACCUCACCAAGGACACAUGCUCUCCUUCCGGGUCAUGCGAUUUCGAAUCGGACACAUGCACAUACGUCAAUAUACCCUCCAACUGGCUUGGCCUCCAAGGGACAAACAUAGACCAGUUUGAUUGGUUACGUCAUAGUGGAUCAACGCUUUCGUCAGGGACGGGUCCUUCCAAGGAUCAUACAUUGGGGACUCCCCUAGGUUACUACAUGUAUAUCGACUCCUCCCAACCCCGCCUGGCAGACGACAGCGCCCUCUUCAUGUCCGAGACCAUCUUUACCCAAGGUGACAUGUGCCUGUCGUUCUGGUAUCAUCUCUACGGGACCGGGACCCUGACGGCCUGGGUGAGGGCGGGCUACGACCUGAGUGAUUGGAGCAGUGUCUGGACACUCUCCUUAGACCAGGGGGACACGUGGAACCACGCCCUUGUGACCUUGGUAGACCAAGGCAGUAGUUAUGAGAUCAUCUUUGAAGGAAAGGUUGGAGCACCCUCUACCAGUGACAUUGGACUGGAUGAUAUUAGCCUGUUCCAGGGGGCUUGUUCAGCCCCCACACCGACCCCGCCCUGUCAGUUCUACUGCUCUAAUGGGGCCUGUCUGACCGAUGCAUCACAGGUCUGCAACUUCCAGGACAACUGCGGGGAUGGCAGUGAUGAAAUGAAUUGCGGACCAUGUGACUUUGAGUCUGGAUUGUGUAACUACACAGACGUUAGUGAUGGCAGCUUCAAAUGGGUGAUCGGCUCUGAUGCCACACCCACCGAUAACACUGGCCCGUCUUAUGAUCACACACUUGGAACGUCACUCGGUCACUAUUUGUACGUGGACUCAAGCGAUGGAUCCGGAUACAGUAGAGCAACCCUGUUGUCCCCUGAGCUACAUGAUGCGAGCCCUUCUUGCCUGAUGGAAAUAUGGGUCCAUCUCUAUGGAACGGAUGUCGGAAGCCUCGGCGUGUUCCUGAAGUCGGGUCUCUCGAAGACUCUUCUCAUCUAUCUAUCGGAGGAUCUUGGUAACCAAUGGACCAAAAUCGAACUCGGAAUAGGAAGAGUACGCGGCACGUUCCAGAUUCAAUAUGAUGCAACCCGUUCAUUUGAUGUCUAUGGGGACAUUGCACUCGAUGAUAUCACAUUCAUAGGAUGUGGAUUCCCAGAUCCAUCGGCACCCUGUAGCAGCUCAGACUUCGAGUGUGCCAAUAAGGUUUGCAUCGAUUCUUCAAGGGUAUGUGACCUCACGGAUGACUGUGGAGACCUUUCCGAUGAAGCUCAAUGUGAGUCGUACGAUCAGUGUGAUUUUGAGACCGGUAUCUGCAGCUGGAAGCAGUUACGUAAUGAUGAACUUGAUUGGUUCCGGUUUGCUGGAAUCACACCCAGUUCCUGGACUGGACCAACUAGAGACCACACUACAGGACUAGAAACAGGAACCUACCUGUAUAUCGAGACCUCCAACGGCAAGCUGGGUGACAGAGCCCGCCUGGGCAGCCCCGUGCUUCUCCCUAUCCCGCAAGGGUCUGCCACCCGAUGCGAGUUACGGUUAUAUUACCACAUGUUCGGUGAAAACAUUAACACGUUGACUGUGUACACGAGGGAGAUUGUAAACGGGCCACUGACGGUGCUCUGGCAGAGGACCGGGGAGAUCGGGGACUACUACGAGAGAGCAGAUAUUGUGCUGGCAAAUCGAAACCCCUUCCAGGUAAUCAUCGAGGCUACACGAGGUGACGAUGUCCGUGGCGACAUCGCCAUUGACGACACAAGCUUCAGCUCCGCCUGUCAAUUCAGCUCUAACCCCCUCCCCGACGUGACUACCCCCGCCCCUACAGUCCCACUGACAACCCUGCCUGCAUGUGAUCCCAACUCAUACCAGUGUAAGAAUGGUAGCUGUAUCGAUAUAAACCUGAGAUGUGAUGGGACACCAGACUGCGCAGAGAAUGAGGAUGAAAUGAAUUGCGGAGACUGUGACUUUGAAAGUGGCACGUGUGAUUGGAGUAGUUUCGAUAACGGACUCUACGUCUGGCAUCGCACCGCUGCUCAAGACGCGCCAUCUGGUAGAGCGCCCUCUGUUGAUCACACACUCGGUACUGCGGCUGGUUCGUUUGUCUUUGUGGACAGUUCCUCAGGGACAUUCGGCGUCACGGCGCUCUUGGUCAGCCCGCCGCAGCUUGGCAGAACAGGUCAAAGAUGUGAGAUGCAGUUUUACUACCACAUGCUUGGUGGUGAUGCAGGGACUCUCUUGGUUGCUCUCUAUGAUAACAACAUCCUCGACCCAUUUUACGUCUCCAUCGUGGGUAACCAUGGCAACCAAUGGAAUAUGGGAAGUCUGUCUGUAGGACCACGGGAUGCAGGACAGUAUUAUAUCCGAUUUGAAGCCUCUCCUGGUAUUGGUUUUAACGAUGCCUCACAGACGACCGACAUAGCUAUUGAUGAUAUAUCAUUCGUCAAUUGUGCUUAUACAGACGAUGUGUCAUGUGACUUUGGAGCUGGUGACACGUCAGGCACGAUAUGUGGAUGGACGCAGGACCCUAGCGAUAUAUUUGAUUGGGUUGUGAGAAAGGGAAGCACGCCCUCAGCGUACACCGGUCCUGCCACCGACCAUACUACUGGCGAUGGAUAUUAUGCUUACAUAGAAUCGUCAUCACCUCGAUUGAUCGGUGAAAAUGCCCGGCUGUUGUCAGGGUCACUGAGGUCAACCCGAGGUCAACCAUAUUGUCUGUCUCUAUGGUUUCACAUGUUUGGUAGUGAUAUAGGAAGCUUAGCUAUCUAUAUCAGAGACACGGAUGGAUCGAAUGAGAACCUUAUUUGGACAAAGUCACGAACCCAAGCAAACGAGUGGCGGAACGGACACUACACGUUUUCUACAACCGCUAACUACGAGCUGGUGAUAGAGGGCGUUGUAGGACAGAGCUGGUAUGGAGAUAUAUCAAUUGAUGACGUCAGUCUCAGUGGAGGAGAGUGUCCACCAACAGCCGAGUGUGACUUUGAGAUCGACCUCUGUGACUGGACAAAUGUGUACAACAAUGAUUUUGAUUGGUCAUGGGGGUCUGGGUCCGGUGGUAUGGGCCCAGCAGUGGAUCAUUCUACUAAUACUGCUACAGGCCACUAUGCAUACGCAACCAUCUUGGGUCAACCGUCCGGAUCUACCGCCCUCCUCGCUAGCAAGGAGUACAGUCUAUCCGGGUCCCAAUGCCUAGGGUUCUUCUAUCACGUGAGCGGUCAGAACGCGGGAAGCUUGACCGUGUAUAAGCAGGAUGAUGGUGAUAUGUUUGUUACACCGAGCUGGACGAUUUCAGGUGAACAAGGCGACGUCUGGAGGUCGGCUACAGUCGAUAUCUCCCCGACUGCGGAUAACAACUACAAGAUCUACUUUGAAGCCAUUUCUGGCGGAGCAACUUCCAACGCGGAUAUCGCCAUUGACGAUAUCCGUUUCCAUGGCCAACCUUGCCCUGCAGAGGGCGCUUGUGAUUUUGAGCGAGGGUAUUGCGGCUGGACAAACGACUACAUCGGUGACGAUUUUGAUUGGUUGAGAGGGAACUCGGAGACGCUGUCUGGUUAUACUGGUCCUAAUUUCGACCACACACUGCAGAAUGCGUUUGGUCACUUUGCUUUCAUUGAAAGCUCCUCCCCUCGUGUCUAUGGUAACAAAGCUUGGCUUGUCAGUGAACAUUUCGAAAGCACUAGUGGGCGUUGCUUUGAGAUGUGGUACCACAUGUACGGUGAGGGGACCGGAUCUCUGAGGAUACACACCCAAACUGCGGACACACAACCUCAGCUCCAGUGGACAGAGACGGGUAACCAAGGAAACGUGUGGAAAAACACUAUGCUGACAGUAGCAUCCUCCGAUCAGUUCUGGAUUAUCGUAGAGGGCAUCAUUGGCUAUAACUUCACCAGCGACACGGCUAUAGAUGACGUUAUGCUGUAUGAUGCUCCGUGUGGUUCCACUCCGGCCCCACCCACCACAAUACCUACAUUCGCUCCAGAUUCACAUAACUGUGACUUUGAGACCGGUCUCUGUUCCUGGACGCAGGACCCAGGCAAUGACUUUGACUGGACCAGGGUCUCCGGGACCACUGGGAGCGCAGGAACAGGACCUGCUGGAGACCACACAACAGGAGAUGCAACAGGUUACUAUAUUUAUAUCGAGACAAGUGAUGGAAACCCCGGGGAUACUGCCAGGGUGAAUUCCAACGCCCUGCGGAGCUCCGAUGACAGUGGCUACUGUAUGGCGUUCUGGUUCCAGAUGUAUGGAAUACAUCUCGGGAGUCUGUCCAUAUACACGUCCAGUGGAGGGGCCGAGACACUGGUCUGGACCGAGUCGGAACCAAGGGGUCCGUUCUGGCAACAGGGACAGAUCCAUUUCACGGGCACAGACUCAUAUACAGUGAUAUUUGAAGGAGUACGAGGAGCUGAUUUCAUGGGGGAUAUAGCCCUAGAUGAUAUCGUCUUCCACCCAGGGGCAUGCCCAACACCAGACAUAUGUGACUUUGAGAAUGGCGCCUGUGGUUUCACUCAGAUGACCUCUGACACGUUCAACUGGGAACUGAUCCAGGCCAACACAAGAGGAACAGGACCAACUAUAGACCACACCUACAAGACCAGUUACGGACACGUCAUGUUUGCCGAUAUGACCAGUCUCUCCUCUAGCAAUGACUAUGCUACCAUUCAGACGGGUUACUAUGAUCCUACACCUACCCCACAAUGCAUGAAGUUCUCUUACUACAUGGGAACAUCACAAGCGUCUGUUCUACAGGUUUCCAUGCAUGCAAGGAGCGGAGGAUCUACCAGGCUAUGGGCGAUGAAUACAGUCACAGGACCAGACGAGUGGCAUGUGGCAGAAAUUAAUUACACCAGCUCAGAGUCAUACAAGUUCCAAUUCCAAGCUUCUAGCAAUCUCUACCAAGUCAGCGCCGGCGUUGCCAUUGAUGACGUCAUAAUCUCGACCGAGCCCUGCACGCCGUUUGGUGCGUGUUCCUUCGAGAACGGGCUGUGCACGUGGAAGAACGAACAGAACGAUGACGACUUUGAUUGGCUGCUCAUUCAGGGACGGACGCCCUCUGACGACACUGGUCCAGGCGUCGAUCACACACUUGGAACACUAUACGGGACAUACGUGUACGUCGAGGCCACCGGGCGCGCAGAAGGUGACGUCACAAUGCUCAAGUCAAGUGACUUCCUCGCGGUAUCUACACGUUGUAUGGAGUUUUACUAUCACAUGGGCGGGGCUGAUGUGGGUACUCUAGAGGUCCAGGUAUGGCCAGACAGCUCGUCCUCUCCGAGUAUCAAGUGGUCUCAGAAUCAGGAUACCGGUGACUUUUGGCGACAGGUCCAGAUAACACUGGAUCCUAUCCUUUCGGCCUAUUCUUAUGAAGUUCUAUUCAAGGGCACAGUCGGAGCUUCCUAUUUAAGUGAUAUCUCAUUAGAUGACGUCAUGUUCUACGAUGGUGUAUGUUCAGAUCCGCCAAACGAUUGUGAUUUUGUGUGUAAUGAUGGAACGGACAAGUGUUUGCCGACUAAUCAGAUAUGUGACUUUGUGUCUCAAUGCGGGAAUGGUGCCGAUGAACUCGAUUGCGGUACAACUUGUACGUUUGAGGUAGAUACGUGUCGAUGGUGGAACGCAGGCCAUGGAACACACAAGUUCAUACGUAACCAAGGAUCUACACCGGAUAGCAACACAGGCCCUGCUUAUGAUCACACGACACUCACAGCAGCCGGUUGGUACAUGUAUGUUGGGACCACGCCCGACAGCGGGGCGGCCUAUGCCGUACUCUCAUCGCGCAUGCACCGGAACGCUGCGGCGACCUGCGAGGUCCGUUUUUGGUACCAUAUGCUAGGGGAUGAGAUCGGGAACCUGCAAGUCUGGAUCCAGGAACAGUACUUCCUGAUGCUGCCCUGGUUCAAGUCCGGAAACCAAGGGGACCGAUGGCAGGAGGGCAUCGCUGGACUGGGCCGCAUCCCCGGUGGUUUUAACGUGAAGUUCCAGUCGGUCCGUAACUUCGAUGUUCUCGGUGAUGUCGCCAUUGAUGACGUCAGGAUGGAAGGAUGUGCUCUGCCAGAUGAGCAGUCGUCGCCGUGUGCUAGUGAUGAGUUCCGUUGUACCCGCAAUGCAUGCAUCGACUCCAGUCGUCUUUGUGACUUUACUGAUGAUUGCGGGGAUGGGUCGGAUGAGGAGCCUGCCCUCUGCGGAGGAUAUGAUCAAUGCAGUUUUGAGGACGACUUCUGUGAUUGGACUCAAGAUAUAUAUGAUGAUACUGACUUCAUCAGAAAGACCGGACCAUCGGAUACAGAGAACUAUGCUACCGGGCCAUACAGAGACCAUACCACACAAUAUACAGGAUUCUAUCUUGUGAUGGACUCCAGCCAGCAGGGAUUAUCAGAAGGAGAUAAAGCAAGACUGUUCAGUCCUGCAUAUCAACAGGUCAAUCAGAACACAUACUGCAGGUUCCGUGUGUGGUACCACAUGUUCGGUGAUGACAUCGGAACCUUCAACAUCUACUUCCGGGUCGGCGUCGGAGCCUAUCUCACAUCCCUGUUCAGCAAGACUGGGCACUCCAAUGACUACUGGGAGCUUGCCGAUGUUGAAGUUACAUCAGAUCUCAACUUCCAGAUCGUAAUCGAAGCUCUUCGAGGCGAUGGCCCUGCUGGUGAUAUAGCCAUUGAUGACACCUCUAUAACACCUGAUUGCAUCAGAUCUCCAAAUGAAUUACAACCCGGUGCAACGUCGCCCCCUAUCGUUACGUACGGUCCAUGUGGACCCGGAAAGUGGACGUGCUCUGAUCUGACCUGUAUUGACCUGGAGCUCUACUGUAAUUAUGAGAACGAUUGCUCUGGAGGAGAGGAUGAGGCUGCUUGCGGAUCCUGUGACUUUGAGAAUGGACUUUGUGGUUACCAGGAUGACAGCUAUGGUAGCUUCGCUUGGAUGAGAGACCAGAGUGAUCUUCUCCAAGAUGCUGGUGGCUUCUACAUGACGGUUGGCAGUGGCAAUGGGCAGUUCAAUGAACCAGCUAGACUCGUGAGUACAGUCCUUCCAGACACCUCACCGGACUGCACCAUGACAUUCUGGUAUCUUUAUCAGGUGUCAACCAGCGCUCCACUGACCGAGUUCUACAUGCAAGUUAUCAAUGCUAGCGACCCCGCUGACAAGGCUGAUUUGUGGCUGGUGCCCUCAACGUCGGUUGCAACGUGGACCCAAGCCACGGUCGGAUUGGGAAGACAAAUAACAAGCUACCAGAUCAAAUUUGUCGUCGUCAUGUCGGACGACAGUGACAUGAUCGCCGUCGAUGACAUCAAACUUGAUGGCUGCAAGGUGGAGUCGUAUGUUCCUUGCGAGGUCAAAUGCGACAAUCUUCUAUGUGUGCCCUUCUCCAAGAAAUGCGAUUAUUCGGACGAUUGUACCGAUGGGACGGACGAAAGGACUUGUGACGCAUAUCAGAGAUGCGACUUUGAGAUGAAUCUCUGUGAUUGGAGUCAAAACAGAGAUGAUGACCUUGAUUGGUUGUGGAUGACGGGUAACCAGGGGGCGCAGGGCGGUGCGCCAGGAGUCGACCACACCCUUAAUAAUCCAUCAGGACAUUAUCUCUACCUGUAUACAUAUGACAAGGAUGCUAACAAGAGAGCAAGGCUCGAUGGUCUCAUCUAUUCUAGACCUAAGGCUGGUGACUGUCAGAUGAGAUUUUGGUACCACAUAAACGGAGCUAACGUCGGGACACUUAGGGUCAUGACCUUGAUAUCACUCUCUGAUAACCCACAAUCCAUCUGGUCUAAAUCCGGUCCGCAAGGAGAUGCGUGGCUGAGAGGUAUCGCGGACCUCGAACCAGGAAGCAAAUUCCAGAUUCUAAUAGAGGGCGUGGCGGGCGGUUUGGACGAUCAUAUGAGCAUUGAUGAUAUCUCAUUCACACCUGGAUGUGUAGUCUCACCAGAUCAGACCCUACCUAUUAAGGUUACUCCUUCAAGUGGCCCGAACUGUAACACAGGAGAGAGAGCUUGCGACGAUGGAUCUUGUCUAGCUAUCACUAAAUUCUGCGACUUCAGGUUCGAUUGUGAUGACGGCAGUGAUGAAAAGGAGUGCCCUACCGUGUGUUCAUUUGAAAAUGACAUGUGCUCUUGGGAGCAGUCUCUCAAUGAUGAUUUUGAUUGGCUGAAGCACAACGACUCUGAUUCUUUCGAAUACCUCGGACCUGAUACUGAUCAUACCAUGAAUAACCCUGAUGGAAUAUACUACUUUGUGGACGGCUCUCAGCAGUCCAUCACCAAAUCCACGAACCAGUUCGCCACCUUAGUGAGCCCGCGGUUCAGCCAGGCCGGCCGCUCGUGCACCGCCUCGCUCUGGUACUACUCGUACGGCGUUGACUACGGCAUGCUUGCAUUGAAGCGUAAGGUUCUAACGGACGAGCGCACGUUGAUGGUCGUAGAUAGCGGGAACACCGUGGAGAGCAAGUGGAUGAAGGCGGAGAUCAAGAUCCCACAAUGUCUUACGGACUUUCAGGUCCUUAUCACCGCAGAGAACCACCAGCCCCAACCCUACGCUGGCGGCUUUGCCAUCGAUGACAUCCGAUUCGACAACUGUGCGUAUGACAUGUAUACUCCUGUAACGUGCGGGGACGGCGAGGCGAAGUGCGACAGCGGCCAGUGCUAUCCCGCUGAUAACAAGUGUGAUUUCACAAAAGACUGCUGUAUUGAUAUCACAGAUGAAACAGACUGUUCAACAUACAAUAGGUGUGAUUUCGAAAGUGGGCUGUGUGAUUGGGUGCAGAUGACCGAAGAUGAUCUGGAUUGGAACACAAUACAGGCAUCCACCUCAGCUUAUCUUACAUUUGAUCAUACCCUAGACAACGAAAGAGGUUCAUUCCUGGUAGUCAACCAGUACCAGCAGUCGUCUUCUGGUUCUUCUGCUCAGCUCGGUAGCUUCAUUGUGAACCCAGUAUCCUCUGGAUGCACGAUGAGGUUUUAUUACUUCAUGAGCGGAGAAGAUGCGACCGUUACCAUCAAAACGAGGACCCUGGUGGGCGGUCCAAUGACGGAGAAAUGGAGUAUAUCUGGUGACCAGGGAUUGCUGUGGAAUCGGGGAUCAUUACUACUUAACAGUGUUGACACAUUCCAGGUGAUCUUUGAGGCGAUGAAAGGAACGGAUUCCAAUGCUUUCUUAGCUCUCGAUGACGUAUCUUUCACCCCCGGGUGUGUCCAGUCUAGCACCCCUCUACCAAGAAGUACCACCACCCCUCCACCAACCACGCCUGAUACCAGAGUGACCACUCCAGACCAGGUACAGACAACAGCGUUCACAACCCCUAGAGAGCAACCGACCCCUGCAGGUCAAACUUCAGAAACUAUUUACAUCGCUGUUGGCGUUGUCUCCGGGAUCUUAAUCCUACUCGUGUUCCUGGUUCUGGCCUACCUGCUGGUAUCCAAGAAGAGAGGAGGCAAGAAACCGGCAGAGGAAGUGAAUAUCCCUGCUGCAAUGGAGAGUCAAGGCUAUGAUACAGACUUAAACAUCACAGCUUUUGCCAUGCAAGAUAUAGACACAAAUAUGUACGGAGUUAGUGGAACAUACACUUCAGCAGCAUCGGAAAAAGAAGGUUUCUCAAAUCCAACGUACUCAAGCCCGUAGAAUUACCCUUCAAUAACGACACGACAGCUUAACACUUCAAAUACAUCAAAUUUACUUUUUUCUGCUUGAAAUUGAUAUCUUCUUUUUUAUAUCUGAAAUUCUUUCACAAUAGAAUCUUUAAAAUGUACUGUAUGCACUAUAGAAAAACACUGCUUGAGCCACCAUAAUAAAUGUAACUUAAUUGCAUAAAGCCGUCGUCACAUUAAAUCGAAGGCAUGACAUUUUCCGUUUGUUGCAAUUUUCUUUGUUUUAUAUCAUAUUAUGAACAACAGAUGUACAGAACAUACCGUUUUAACUGCUACAGAACAGUGAUAAAACAGACUUUUAAGUGCCGAAACAGUGAAUCUUGUUUUCUUAAAUUAACUGAUUUGGCAGUCAAAAGGAGCGAGAAAAUAGUGAGAACAAUGAAACGGCUAGAAAACGGAAAGAAAAAAGCGAGUGGCUCGAACAACAGAAUCCUAAUUUUAACUCACUGUGCAAACCCAUUCUAUAUAAAUC